AUGCCACUUCCCAAGCCGAAGGUUGCGUUGAAUAACGCGUGUUCGGUCAUUUUCAACAACACACUAUACGUCUAUACUCCUGACGCUUUUCAGUCGCUGCGUUUGGAGCCAGGGGCGGAAUGGAAGACGUUGCCGCAUGGUGAGAAAGUGACGGGUGGUGUUUGCGUGGGUGCUCACACGGGUGUCUCAGAAACAUCGUCAUUCUGGGUUGUUGGUGGUAUAGGAACCUCGGAGGAUUAUCAUGGACUGCAAAAGUUCACGUAUUCUACGGGUACAUGGGAGACUAUUAAGCUGCCGGAGGAUGGGAAGGUGACACAUCAACGGCAAGGGCAUGCCGCUGUCUACUUAAACGCGACCGACUCGAUCCUGGUUUAUGGCGGCUCUCAAGAUUUGACCACAAACCCGUCUUCGCAAACAUACACCAUUCGCGCGUCGGCACCGUAUACGGCACUUGCUCACGAUGGUGCUAUUGCUCCUCCGUCGAGCAAGCCGAUCCUGCUUCCGUGGUCUACUUACGAGGCUGUUCUGGUAGGCGGCAGCACCUGGAAUACCCAAGUGAUGCUAUUUAAUGGUGAGACCGGAGUCUGGCAGGAUUCAGGGGCUACGCUCCUGGCACCGCUGCCCAAGGACACGUCCGCAAUUCAGGGUGCGCUCCUGACGGGCGACGAUGGAUCAAAAAACCUCAUCACCUUCGACGCGAGCGUUUCUCCUAACCUGGUUCAGCGGCAUAUCCUGUACACCGCUCCCGGGCAACCGGUCAUUAACUCGGUGCCGGUACGGAGGAGGUCAUCAAGGAGGAUGGCCAGAAGGGCAGAGCCUCUAACACUGCAGAAUUGGCCCGCGUAUAACUCGACACUAGCUCCGACGACUACGAGGAGUAAUUAUGCGCUUGCCCAGGGUCCGGAUGGGAUGAUUGUGAUUGCUGGAGGUAACGAGGAUGAUGUGCUUUGCAUGUUCGACGCGAAGCAGAACAGCUGGCAGGAUGCGAAUCAGAAGUUGGGACAGUUCCGCCUUCUGUCCUCUGACACAACAAGCUCGACAGUGUCGACGACGAAGACCACUGCUGCCACAGUAUCCACUCUUGCGACCUCGGUGUCGAGCACAGCAUCGCCUACAGGCUUGGUUACAGCCACCACAGCGGCGGAGACAGCGACCUCAACUCCUGAUGUGCGGGUGCAAACUCUCUCAGGUGACGGCAAGGGCCCUUCAGUCAACACGGUUUUGGGUGCUGUUCUUGGUGGAUUCUUUGGUCUCGCGGCAAUUCUUGCCGCUAUUUACUUCGUUCUGCGGAGGAAGAAGCUGCGGGAGAGCUAUAUUCGUAGGACGAGCGGGGAGGCAUCAAACGAGAAGGAUGGCGUGGGAUUCUCAAAGGACACAUAUACCGCUGGGACAGUGUAUCGCGGGGGUCACCAGUACAACGACUCGCAGAACUCGUUUUCGUCGAUGGCAAUUCUCAUGGGCCACGCUGAGCCCUCAAAGCCGCGUCUACCCCCUCUCCGCUUGGGCCGCAAGGGGAGCAGUAGCAGCCGUCGCAAGUCCUCGACCAGCACGUUCAAGGACUUUAAGGCUGCAAUCAGCAAGCCCAUCCUGCAUGAGGUACAGUCCAUGUCCUCGACUCAGUUCCCGCCGAGACCACCCCGCGACGAUACCUCUGGCUCCUCGACCCCUGCUAGCAACGGCCCUGAGCCUCGCCCCCGCAACCUGACUGGUGUUGUCGCCGAUGACGCGACUCGUCGCAGCUCCGGCUGGAACCGCUACUGGUCCGGUGGCUCAGCAUUAAACAUCCUCGGCUUCGGCAGCGGCAACAAGGACGCCAACCUCACCCCAAACCCCAACGGUCCGGCUGGUCUGACCCCCAGCAACAUUUCCCGCCCGACCACCUUCCACUCCGAGUCCGGCUCGUCGCACUACUCCGACCCACACCGCAUGACCCGCGACAGCGCGACCGUGCCCCCACUGCAGGUCUUCACCAACCGCGACCAUCCGCGCAUGUCCUUCAGCCGCGUGCGUACCCAGAGCCCGACGAUCGAGGUGCCUGAAUCGCCAUUGCACGAGGGGAUGAGUGUUAAGAUCGAAGGCGGCCCAUCCAACACCACAACUAAUGGCAGUACCACUAGCGGCCUCGCAGUCCUAGGUCUCGAAGAACCCCGUCCAGUGAGCGCGAUGACCUACGGUUCAGCUUCCCAAUACUCCAGCGGCAUCCCCGAGUCGGUCGCUGAGGCGUGGGACCCGACUGCGACCAGCUCGAGUGCCUCCAACAGCAGAGAUAGUAACAAGCCAUGGGGCGACGGUAGGCCAUAUAUGGGAUUUGGUGGGUAUCCGACGCCGCUGGCGCCUGCGUCUGCGGCGAGGGCGCAGCAGACACUGCAGCAAGGAGGGACCCAACCAAAGAGGAAUAUGCAGGAGCCGGUGAGGGAUGAUAUGAGUUGGUUGAAUUUGAAUGCUAGCUGA